UUUCUUAAACCGAAACCAUUGUUUUCAUUCAUGUAAUGUUGAACAUAGUAGUUCCCCUCCCCCUCUUGGCCUGGUUUUGCUGCUCCUCAUGUUACCGCCCUACCUGUUAUUCAAGAUUCUUCGCUACAUCGUAAGAUCAAUUUUUAGUGAGAAAGUAGCAGGAAAAGUAGUACUAAUCACUGAAGCCUCCUCUGGCAUAGGCGAGCAUCUAGCAUAUUAGUAUGGUAGAAGAGGAGCGCGUCUAGCACUUGUUGCCAAAUUGCUUGGAUCCCCUGAUGUCAUCACCAUCCAUACAGAUGUUUCAGUUUACCAAGAUUGUAAACCAUUUGACUCAACAAUCAACCACUUCGGACAAUGAGCAAAGCAGCAGUGAUAAGCUUAUAUGAGACUCUGAGCACUGAAUAGGGAAGAGACAUAGGGAUAACUAUAGUCACUCCAGGGCUGAUUGAGUCAGAAAUGUCGCAAGGGAAGGUCCUAUCCAUGGAAGGCAAGAUGGUUUUUGAUCAACUAAUAAGAGAUGGUUUUACUCUCUUCGCAAUUCAUUCUCUACAUUCCCCCCCCCCCCCUCUCUCAAGUCUCAACCAUGUCUUCCGGAACCCUAGAAAACGAGAAACCUCAAGUGGAAGAAGAACAAGCCCAAGCUGAAGACAACCACACCAAGCAAGAAGAUAAUUCGGAGAUGAAAGACGACGAUGACAGAGGCGAAGAGGAAAGGGAUCAGGUAGAACAAGAAAAGGAUGUGGAGAAAGAGGAAGAAAAAGAAGAAGAAGAAGAAGAGAAGGAGGAGGACCGUGACGAGGUGAAGUCAAAAAAGUCAACGAAAGAAAGCGGUUACGCUACUCCAGGAAGUGAGAGACCAACUAGGGAGAGGAAAACGGUGGAGAGGUACACUGUUUCUUCGCCCGACAAGUUUCCCAGAUCUUCUUCCAUCAAAGCUCUGUCAAUUGAAAAGGGCAACGGUACGCAGCUCAAGGACAUUCCUAAUGUGGCUUUCAAGUUAUCAAAGAGAAAAGCUGAUGACAACCUGCAUGCACUUCAUAGUAUAUUGUUUGGGAAAAAAGCAAAGGUACAUCAUCUAAAGAGAAAUAUAGGUCUGUUUUCUGGCUAUGUGUGGACUGAGAAUGAGCAGGAAAAACAGAGGGUGAAGAUAAAGGAGAAGAUUGACAAAUGUGUGAAAGAAAAGUUGGUGGACUUCUGUAAUGUGCUUAAUAUUCCGAUAAAUAAGACCAGUAAGAAGAAGGAGGAACUGUCUGCAAAGUUGUUGCAAUUUUUGGAGUCCCCACAUGCUACAACUGAUGUUCUGCUUGCUGAUAAGGAAAAGAAAGGCAAAAAGCGAGCCAGAAAGCAAACCCCAAGCAAAUCUUCUGGGGAAGGAUCCAAAACAUCUGCCAAGAAGCAAAAGCAAAAUUCACAAGUUGGGAAAAACCAAAAGCAGUCUUCUGACAUUGAGGACAGUGAUGCAGCUGAACCUUCAGAUGCAAAAGUUGAUUCUCAGGAAGAUGAUGAUUCAAGUCAAAAAAGUGAAAGUGAUAAUGAGGAAAGCAUAUCAGAGAAAGAGGAAGAUAAAGAAAAGGCUCACAAACGUACUUCAAAAAAGAUUCUGAAGGAGGAUCAAACCACACCUGUAAAGAAGACCACUGUUGUAAAGACUGCCAAGAGCAAUGAAAGAGCUCCUGAAAAAUCUUCUUCAAAAAGGGCUGUUACUGACAGUACUUCUAAGUCCAAGCAAUCUGCUUCCAAGAAACAGAAAACAAUGAAGGAAAACCAGAACUCUAUAGGGAAGGAUGCAAACCAAAAACAAGCUGACAAGUCUUCGAAGGCUUUAGUGAAGGAUCAAGGCAAAGGUAAAAGUAGUGAGAAGGCAAAAGCAGAACCUAGUAAGGUGGAGAUGCAUCGAGUGGCUGUUGAUAUUUUGAAGGAAGUAGAUUUCAAUAAGGCAACUUUAUCUGAUAUCCUCAGGCAACUUGGUACUCACUUUGAUGUGGAUUUAAUGCAUAGAAAAGCAGAGGUGAAGGAUAUAAUUACAGAUGUAAUUAAUAACAUGUCUGAUGACGAUGGAGAGGAAGCAGAAAAUGUUGGGGAUGAUGAUGAAGAUGAUGCAUGAUUGUAGAAUUAUUUAUUUAUGGGUAAAUAAGCUUAGGCCAUUGCAGAAAUUAGAUGCUUGUGGUUCAUUCCACAGCUAUAUUUUUCUCACCUUGAUUCUUGCUAUAAUAGGUUUCAAUGGAUAUUUGGUUUGAGUUGUGAUCUUUUUCCAUGAUAGGUAUUCUCAACUUGGUUGUAUUUCCUAUUAGAUUUUAACUCGUUUCUCUGUAUUAUUAUUGUGACCUUAAUUUUAUUUCUUAUACUGAAUAGGUUUAUAUUCACCUGCCUGUAAACAAUAUUGCCAUUUAGAUCAGCAUGUAUUUUUUCAACAGCUA